GUUGAACUAUUAACUUAGAAUAUCCUCUGUUAUAAUAGUUUUGAUAGGAAACAAUAUCAACAACAGUAAACAUCAGAGAAUAACUAAAUCUACUCACAUGUAGUGUGAAUUGUAUUAAACAGUCUAUUUUCGAUAGAAAUACACUUUUCACAACCAAAAUGAUCAAAGGCAACCUCGAACUUCGAGGGGGAGGGCGAUUUCGCUUUUUAACCACCUUCGUUCUUUAGUCUAAUGUGGCAUUGAUAUUUGUCCAUCUGAAUAAUUGGUUAAUCUCAAAAUAUUGAUAUAAAUACAUUCCAAUAUAGGAUUUUGGGUAAAAUAUCCCAGUUGUACUCGAAUUGUUCAAGCAUAUGAUGAUCAGAAUGAAUAUCUUCACAUUCUAUGCGAAUAUGCAACAAUCGGCUUACUGAUCUCUUAUUUCAAUAAAGAUAAAUCAACUACAUUUCUCAAUUUACGUACAAACAAUGCAAAUCUUGACACAAUUAUCAAAGAAAAAUUUUUAUCAAUUGAUAUUCCUUUGCCAUCUACUUCGGAUUUAACAACACAAAAUGAAAUAAGCCAUUUUGCACAAGAUAUUCGACAAAUCGAACAAAAAAAGCAAUCUCUACCUAUUUUAAUAAUAAUUGAACAGCGACGCAUUCGUUUGUUUGGUUUAGCUGAUAUUGUCAAAGAAACGGAAAAACAAUUAGAAACAAUCAAGACAAAAUACGCAUCAAAUACAGUCAACCUCAAUUUAGAACCAAGACAAAUUACAUACCUCUUCAAUGUUUAUUAUGAUGAAUUGAAAUUACUUGAAGCUCAUUAUGAUGAUACAAAAAUCCUUGAUAAUUUAAAAAAUGGAGAAUUUACAGCUCCAAGUUAUUCACAUGAAAAAAUAGAGCAAGAAAUCAUGACAUUAGCUACAUUAUGUUCACCAAUUGAUAUGAAAAUUGAAGAGCAAGCUUUCAGUACAAUAGCACAUGACGGAUGUUAUAAUCUUAUAAAUAUUGCUCGUCAACACAAAUGUCUGAUCGAAAUACAAGAGAGCAAUACCAAUUAUAUUUGUAAAAUACCCAAAGCCUCAAAGCACGAUCACAUUUCGAAUGAAUUAUCAGCAGCAGUUAUUGAAAUACACCAGAAUGAUCUUGCUGAUCAGAGGGUCGACCUGGUUGUUAUUUGUUCCACAUCGAUAUCUUUGCGAGACGAUAUUCUCAAAAAAGCCGGUCAAUCAGUGGAACAAGAAUAUUUUGAAGCCGCAAUGACAUCACCGAUGGAACCUUUCGAAACAAAUGCGGGACAAUUACAAUGUCGAAAACUUUUGUUUUUACCUUGGGAAAUGGAUCGAACAAAUGAAGAAGCUUUUUAUCAAUCAAUUCGAAAUUUGGUUCGUAAAGCUGUUCAACAUGCUAUUAAGGCACAUUAUACUUCAAUCGUAUUUCCAUCAAUUAGUUAUGGAAAAUUCAAUGUUGAUAAAAAUAUCAUUGCAAAUCAAAUGUUAGUUGAAGCUCAAAAACAAUUAUUAGCAGCUAAUGUCUUAUUGCAAAUAAUCUUUGUUAUUUUACCCGAGCAAAGUGAUGUAUUUGAAGCGUUUCAAGCAAAACUCGAAAGUUUACAAAACGGAGAAGUAGAAACGAAGGAUACUGAAAUUCUCUAUUGUUCUACAACACUUGAAAUAACAAUCCUAUCAUCGAAUAGAGAGAAGCAAGAAGAAUGUAAGAAAGCUUUGAAUGAUCAUGUGCAGAAAUCAAUUUUAGUUAGGAAAAUGUUACAACAACACGUAUUAAAAAGAUGGACACAACCAGCUAUCACUGACUUCUAUAAGUAUUGCCUGGAUCGACAUGUAAUACCUGAUAUAGAUAUUCUUAUGGGUCAUGUUAAAUUAUCCGGUCCAAAAGAAGCAACAAAAGAAUGUGAAAUUGAAUACUAUAGAGAGCAAACAAAACAAAGUGAACAAGCACGUUUACUGGCUAUUGCACGAAAUAUAAUUUGGGCAUAUAAAUUAAAUGAUACCAACACUGAAAAAUAUUCACUUAAAUUCAACGCUCAUAUCGAAGAAUCAUUUUCAUCUGGAGUACCAUCUGUAAGUGCAGAUAUAAUCAUGUAA